CAAGACUCCCAGAGGGUCAGGGAUGCCCCUUGCUCAAACCAGUUGAUGUGAAAUAUUCCAGAAGAAAGAGCAAAGAGGAAAAGCAAGGAGAGGCAAGGCAAGGACCAGUAAGAAUCCUAGACUUUCAAUGCAAAGCAAAAGAAAACGAAGAAAGGGCACUGCAAUCUGCCUCCCUUGCAUGCCACACAGCUGGUGCCAACUCUGGUUCCGAUUAUGAAGGCAUUAUGAGCCGCUCGCUCCAGAACUGGGUGUUGACAGUUUUCUGCUGCUUGCUGCUUUGUCAUUCAGGUUUUGUGAAGGCAGAUCCCCAACCUGGUGAUUUGCGGAGGUGGAUCCCAAAUUCCAGUUGGCGCAAAAGAUGGGGUAUUUCAGAAAUCACAUAUCCCACUAGGCUGGUGAAACACAACUCUGGGGGAGAGAUCCAGAAGUAUCACCUGGACACAAGAGUGAGAAAAGAGAUUGGUGGCAGCAGAGGAGGCGACCGAAAAGGAGGAAGCCCUGUUAUCCAUCUGGCCCAAGUGAGUUUCCUCAUCCCUGCCUUUGGUUCAUCCUUCACUUUGGAUCUUGAACUGAACCACCAUCUAUUGUCCUUAAAUUAUGUGGAACGUCACUUUGGACAGGAUGGAAAUGCCAGCCACACUAUGGGAACAAGUGAGCACUGUUACUAUCAAGGCAAUCUCCGUGGAGAAGCAAACUCUUUUGUGGCUUUAUCUACUUGCCAUGGCCUACAUGGUGUUUUCUCCGAUGGAAAAGACGUGUACCUCCUGAAGCCUCAUGAUUCACUUGAAUAUCAAGCGCAGGAGCCACUUCCUCACCAGAUCUACCAGACACCAGUACCUCGCAUGAGCCAUGGUUGCACAGAACCAGGGUGUUUAUUUUCUGCAUUGAACUACCACAUUCCUCCUGGGCUUCCUAAACUGCGUCGACGAAGACAGGUUCACCGAGGUCAUCGGACUGUCCACAGUGAGACCAAAUUCAUUGAAUUGAUAAUUGUUAAUGACCACCAGCUGUUUGAGCAAAUGCGUCGCUCAGUCAGCCUUACCAGCAACUUUGCAAAGUCUGUGGUAAACCUUGCUGAUGUGAUUUUUAAGGAGCAGUUGAACACUCGAAUCGUGUUGGUUGCCAUGGAAACAUGGGCAUCAGGGGAUAAGAUCCAGACGGAUGAAGAUUCCCUAGAGACACUGAGAGAGUUUAUGAAGUAUCGCCAAGAGUCUCUUCCUGAACACAGUGAUGCUGCCCAUCUCUUCUCAGGGCACACUUUUAGAAGCAGCCGCAGUGGUACAGCUUAUGUUGGAGGAAUCUGCUCAGUUGCUAGAGGCGGAGGUGUGAAUGAGUAUGGUACUGUUGGAGCGAUGGCAGUAACAUUAGCCCAGACCUUGGGACAAAACAUUGGCAUGAUGUGGAACAAGCACCGCGCUUCUGCAGGAGAUUGUCGCUGUCCUGACUUAUGGCUGGGUUGUAUUAUGGAAGAUACUGGAUACUACCUGCCACGGAAAUUUUCACGCUGCAGUGUUGAUGAAUACAAUCAAUUUCUGGCUGAAGGAGGAGGAAGCUGUCUCUUUAAUAAGCCUUUGAAGCUCCUUGACCCUCCUGAAUGUGGUAAUGGAUUUGUUGAAGCAGGAGAAGAAUGUGACUGUGGGUCCUUUGCGGAGUGUUCCAAAAGUGGGGGAAACUGCUGCAAGAAAUGUACCCUUACGCAUGAUGCUAUGUGCAGUGAUGGGUUGUGUUGUCGAGAGUGCAAGUAUGAGCCACGAGGUGUAACUUGUCGAGAAGCUGUGAAUGAAUGUGAUGUCCCAGAAACUUGUACUGGGGACUCCAGUCAAUGUCCAGCUAAUGUACACAAGCAGGAUGGCUACUUUUGUGAGAAUGAGCAGGGCCGGUGUUAUGGAGGCCGUUGUAAAACCAGGGACCGCCAGUGCAAUGCAUUGUGGGGGCGAGCUUCAGCUGAAAGGUUUUGCUACGAGAAGCUCAAUGUUGAAGGCACUGAGCGUGGGAACUGUGGGCAUGAGGGAAACCGCUGGGUGCCCUGUAUCAAGCAGGAUGUAUUGUGUGGAUAUCUUCUCUGUGCCAAUGCGACAGGAUCUCCACGUAUUGGUGAACUACUAGGCGAGAUCACAACAAUGACAUUCUAUCACCAGAAGAGAUAUAUUGAUUGCCGGGGUGGCCAUGUGCAACUGGUGGAUGGCACAGAUCUGAGCUACAUAGAAGACGGGACACCCUGUGGGCCCAACAUGUUGUGUCUUGAUCACAAAUGCCUUCCCGUCUCUGCCUUUAAUUUCAGUAUCUGCCCAGGCAGCUGGGGUGGCCAGAUCUGCUUUGACCAUGGGGUCUGCAGCAAUGAGGGCCAGUGCAUCUGCUAUUCAGACUGGACAGGAAAAGAUUGCAGUGUCUAUGAUCCUAUCCCAGAUCCUAAGCCUACUGGGGAAACAGAAAAAUACAAGGGUCCCAGUGGUACCAACAUCAUUAUUGGUUCAAUUGCUGGAGCCAUCUUGGUGGCUGCUAUUGUUCUUGGUGGCACUGGAUGGGGAUUUAAGAACAUUCGCAGAGGAAGGUACGACCCAGCUCAGCAGGGCAUGUAGCAGCUUCCCCGAGCACAUCUCUCCAUCACCUACCACCUCCAUCCCAUCCUCUUCAUCGCC